AUGAAAUUGAAUAUAGAUGGAUUACUUGUAUAUAUGCCAUAUGAUUUUAUUUAUCCUGAACAAUAUAAAUAUAUGCAAGCACUCAAACGCGGUCUUGACCAUAAAGGCCAUUGUAUACUUGAAAUGCCAUCAGGAACUGGAAAAACCAUCACGCUUUUAUCACUUAUUAUUGCUUAUAUGAAACGUUAUCCUGAUCAAUAUAACAAAUUAGUUUAUUGUAGUCGUACAGUACCAGAAAUAGAAAAAGUUAUGUCAGAAAUGAAACGUCUGAUUGCGUAUUAUGAAAAAGAAUUAAAUGAAAAACAAAAAUUUAUUGGUAUUGCAAUGAGCUCAAGAAAAAAUUUAUGUGUUCAUCCUGAAGUCGGUCAAUUACGUUUAGGAAAAGAAGUUGAUAGUGCAUGUAUGAAUUUAACGGCAUCAUAUAUACGUGAACAAUCGAAACAGGAUAGUUCAAUAAAAACCUGUUCUUAUUACGAACAAUAUGAUAUAAAUGGACGUGAAGGAAACAUUCCAUAUGGUGUAUAUAAUUUAGAAGAUUUGAAAUUAUAUGGCAAAGCAAAACAUUGGUGUCCAUAUUUUCUUACGCGUUAUAUAUUAACGCAUGCAAAUGUUAUUGUUUAUUCUUAUCAUUAUUUAUUAGAUCCGAAAAUUGCUGAAAUAGUUUCAAAAGAAUUACCAAAAACAUCAAUAAUUGUUUUCGAUGAAGCACAUAAUAUUGAUAAUGUUUGUAUUGAUUCAAUGUCAAUUACAUUGACACGCAAAAUACUUGAACGUGCACAAGCAAAUGUUGAAAAUCUAAAAUUACUGGUUCAAAAUCAAAAACAAAAUGAUGCAAGUCGUUUAAGAACUGAAUAUGAAAAUCUUGUUAGAGGUCUGCGUGAACAAGCUAUACAACGUGAAACAGAUGUUAUUCUAACAAAUCCAAUAUUACCGGAACAUGUUUUACAAGAAAAUAUUCCAGGAAACAUUCGACAAGCAGAACAUUUUCUUAUAUUUGUCAAAAGAUUUUUAGAAUAUAUGAAAACAAGAAUGAAUAUUCAACAUGUUGUUAGAGAAUCACCACCAUCAUUUUUAAAAGAUUUACAAGUACGUGUUUGUAUUGAAAGAAAACCACUAAGAUUUUGUUCCGAACGUUUACGUUCAUUAUUACGUACACUUGAAACACGUGAUAUACAUAUGUAUCAACCACUUAUGUUACUUUGUAAUUUCGCAACAAUUAUCAGUACAUAUACAAAAGGCUUUGCAUUAAUUAUUGAACCUUUUUUUGAUAGUAAAUCAACAGUUUACAAUCCUGUUUUACAUUUUGCUUGUCUCGAUUCAUCUAUUGCUAUUAAGCCAGUAUUCGAUCGAUUUCAAUCGGUUAUCAUUACAUCAGGUACUCUUUCACCUAUUGAUAUGUAUCCAAAAAUUCUUUCAUUUACUCCGGCAAUUAUGGAAACAUUUACUAUGACAUUAACACGUCCAUGUAUUCUACCGCUGAUAGUCACACGAGGCAAUGAUCAAAUAGCAAUAACAUCAAAAUUUGAGCUACGUGAAGAUCAAUCUGUUAUUCGUAAUUAUGGUAUUUUACUUAUUGAAAUGUGUACACAUGUGCCUGAUGGCAUUGUUUGUUUUUUUACUUCCUACAUUUAUAUGGAACAUGUUGUUGCAACAUGGUACGAAUUAGGCAUAAUUGGACAAGUUCAAAAAUAUAAAUUGUUAUUUAUUGAAACACCUGAUAGUGUUGAAACAUCAUUAGCAUUAUAUAAUUAUCAAAAAGCUUGUGAUAACGGUCGUGGUGCAGUUUUACUGUCAGUUGCACGUGGUAAAGUGAGUGAAGGUGUUGAUUUUGAUAAUCAUCUUGGUCGAUGUGUUAUUAUGUUCGGUAUUCCAUAUGUUUAUACACAAUCCCGUAUAUUACAAGCACGUCUUGAUUAUUUACGAGAAAAUUUUCAAAUACGUGAAAACGAUUUUUUAACAUUUGAUGCAAUGCGUCAUGCCGCGCAAUGCGUUGGUCGUGUAUUACGUGGUAAAAGUGAUUAUGGCAUUAUGAUAUUUGCAGAUAAACGUUUUUUACGUUCGGAUAAACGGCAAAAAAUUCCAAAAUGGAUACAAGAAUAUUUAACUGAUAGUUUAGCUAAUUUAUCCAUUGAAGAAUGUGUACAAAUUGUUAAAAAAUGGCUUAAAGAUAUGGCACAACCAUUAAAACAAGAAGAUCAAUUAGGAAUAUCGUUGUUAACUGAAGAACAUCUCUUAUCAAAUGAUGCAAAUUCUUCAACACUCAACGCAAUUCGAGAUCAAGAGCCAGUUCAAAAUGGUCAUGCUGCCGAUAUUAAUAUAUCAAAGGAAAGCGCGAACGACGAUUCUGAUUUAUAUUAUGGCGUAGUCAUCGAUUGUGGCAGUAGUGGAUCAAGACUUUACAUUUAUAUUUGGCCAGAGCAUUCAGGAAAACCCGAUGAAUUAUUAAAAAUAAAACAAUUACUUGAUAAAGAAGGAAUGCCAGUAGUUAAAAAAAUUGAACCAGGUCUCUCAUCUAUGGCAAAAACACCGAUGAAUGCAACUGAAUAUUUAAAAUCAUUAUUGGACUUUGCUGCACAAAGCAUUCCUUCAGUUAAACAUGCUGAUACACCUUUGUAUAUUCUCGCAACAGCUGGUCUUCGUUUUUUAACACCAAGACAACAAAAACAGUUAAUUGACGAUUUAUUCAAUGAUAUUAUACGAGAUUAUAAAUUUCUAAUUGAAAAAACACACAUUCAAGUGAUUUCAGGUCAACUCGAAGGCAUCUAUAGUUGGAUAGCUAUCAAUUAUGUCCUUGGUCGCUUUCAAGAUGAUACUAGUGAAUCAAAGUCAAAAGCUGAUGAUCAUAGGAAAUUGAAUUCUAAAGGGCGACAAGCUACAGUCGGUGUUCUUGACAUGGGUGGUGCAUCUGCACAAAUAGCCUUCGAAGUUUCAAACUCAGCAUCAGCAGUAGGUCAAGAAGUUGUAGAAUAUUCCUUAGGUUAUGAUCAACAUCAAGAAAUGUUUAAAUAUAAAAUCUAUGUAACAACAUUUCUUGGUUAUGGCGCAAAUAAAGCAUUUGAUAAUUAUAUUGAUCGCAUCAUUUCGAUUGCUCUACAUGCAUCACUUGUCGAUUCUCCUCUUAUUCGAAUCAACGAUGCUGAUUGUUUACCGCGUGGUUACUCAAGAAAUUAUACAAGAAAUAAUAAAACCAUUACAGUAAUAGGCGAAGGUGAUUUUGUAAAUUGUACAAAACAUUUAGUUACGUUACUUAAUUUAAAUGCAACAUGCCUAAAAAAACCAUGUUCAUUUAAUGGUGUUUAUCAGCCACAAAUAAAUUAUGACGUGCAAGAUUUUUAUGGAUUUUCAGAAUUUUGGUAUACAAUGGAAGAUAUUUUAAAAAUUGGUGGUCCUUAUACUCGAUUAGCUUUUCUUAAUGCCUCAACAGCGUUUUGCAAUGCAAAUUGGAAUGAUAUUCGACAGUGGUAUAAUGAUAACUCACAUGUAAAUGUUAAGACGGACCGUUUAGUUUUACAAUGUUUUAAAUCUGCAUGGCUUUACGCAUUUCUACAUGAUGGUUUGAAAUUUCCACUAAAUUAUCAACGUUUACGUUCGGCGUCUCUUAUUAACAAUAAUGAUGUUCAAUGGACACUUGGUGCUAUACUUUAUAGAACUCGAUUUUUUCCAUUGCGAACAAUUAAUCGAAUGAAAAAUACUCUGCCUAAUCAUCGAUCAUAUACAAACACAGUGAAAAUAUCACUUCUGAUAUGUAUAACUUCGAUAAUAUUAUUAGUGAUAUUUUCUGCAAAAAACAUUCGAUCAUUCAUAUCUCGUCGUAAAAAUUUUCAAUCAUCGUCUAAUACGUUUAACUAUCGUUAUAAAUUAUUAACAUCAUUGACUGCCGAUGAAUAA